CAUGCUGCCUCGGCAAGACGGCGGUGGGGAGAAGUCGCCCCUUCUCCUCAACCACUCCGGCCGUUCGUCGCAGCAACCGGUGGUUGUUGGCGCUUGGCCCAGUUUCGAGUCGGACCCUGCGGCGUCGGCGAUGGAGAACUACGAGCCCCUGUCGCCACCGCCGCACACGACGCCGCCUCAAGCGACCCGUGAGCCGGUCUGCCUCUGUUCGCCGGACGAAAACAGCAGCAAUGGCGACGUCGAAGGCUACGUACGGCUUCGGAACCCGCACCUGGCGAAACUUAGCUCAGACCACCUCUACCACCUGGCCCUGUCCACCACCACGCAUUCUCUGGUGGACAUGUUUGGUGAUGUCAAGUUCGUGUGCAUGGGCGGCACGCCAUCACGCAUGGAGCAGUUUGCUCGGCUCGCCAAGGAGAAGCUCAAUCUCAAGUUGCCCACGGGCACGGACCUCUGCGACCUGAGCCAUUACGCCGGCCGCUACUCCAUGUACAAGGUCGGACCCCUGCUGUCCAUCAGCCAUGGCAUGGGUGCUCCGUCGCUGUCAAUCCUGUUGCACGAGGUGUUCAAGCUGCUGCACUACGCCCGAUGCCGGGACGUGCUGGUGUUCCGCAUCGGCACCAGCGGAGGUGUCGGUGUGCCCCCUGGUUCGGUCGUCGUGAGCACCGGCGCUGUGAAUGGUCUCCUCAGGGAGGAACUGGACAUGCAUGUGCUUGGCAAGCUUGUGUCCCGUCCUGCCAAGCUGGACGUAAAGCUGGCUGAGGAGAUUGCAGCCGAAGCCCGCCGCUCCCUGUCCGGGAUCAACGUGGUCUUGGGAAAGACAAUGUGCGCCGAUGACUUCUACGAAGGUCAAGGCCGGCUGGACGGUGCCUUCUGUGACUACACGGACCAGGAGAAGCAGCAGUUCAUGGAGAGGCUGCGCUCCGUUGGGGUGGUCAACAUCGAAAUGGAGGCCACCCUCUUCGCUGCCAUGUGCCAUCAUGCCGGCAUCAAAGGCGCUGUGGUUUGUGUAACCUUGCUGGACCGCCUGAAAGGUGACCAGGUCACCGAGCCGAAGAGCGUCAUGAGCGAGUGGCAGCUACGUCCCCAGCACGUAGUGUUGCGCUUCAUACAGCACCGCCUGGCAAAAGCCGCAUCAUCGUCCUAGUUACCUCACUAACGCACUCACCCUUCACCGCCAUUUGCAGUCCAGUAAACUUUCCAGACAAGAAA